CGUUGAUGACGUGCGACCAGCCCGAAGCCUGUUUCCCCGGCAGCGGAAGCCACGGUGGUUUCUCAAGAAUCAUUUUGAACCAUGGCUUUGGGACUCAGAUGCUUUCGUUGGGUGCAGCCUGGAUUUUGCAACUCCCUUUUAGUCUUGACAAAGCCUGUUUCAGGAGUUAGGCUGAGUAGUGCGAAUAUAACCUGGAAUGACUGCCAGCAAUGUGGGGCCUUUCCAAUUGUGCCAGUCCGACAUUUUGCUACCAAGAAAGCCAAAGCCAAAGGUAAAGGACAUUCCCAGCCCAGAGUCAACAUUAAUGCAUCAUUGGUGGAGGACAUAAUCCGUCUGGAAGAGGUAGAUGGUGAAAUGAAGUCUGUGGUAGAAGCCCUUAAGGAUAAUUUUAACAAAAAUCUCAAUAUAAGGACUUCUCCAGGGUCCCUGGAUCAUAUAACUGUGACAACUGCUGAUGGGAAGUUUGCUCUAAAUCAGAUUGGUCAAAUCUCCCUGAAAUCGCCUCAGCUGAUUUUAGUAAACAUGACCAGUUUCCCAGAGUGUACAGCUGCAGCUAUCAAGGCCAUAAGAGAAAGUGGAAUGAAUCUGAACCCAGAAGUCGAUGGGACAGUAAUUCGGGUUCCAAUUCCCAAAGUUACAAGGGAACACAGAGAAAUGUUGGUCAAGCUUGCAAAGCAGAACACAAACAAGGCUAAGGAUGCCCUGAGGAAAGUGCGGACCAAUGCAAUGAAUAAACUGAAGAAAUCCAAGGAUACAGUGGCGGAAGAUACAAUUAAACUAAUAGAGAAACAGAUUGGACAAAUGGCAGAUGACACAGCAGUUGAAAUGGACAAGCACUUGGCACAGAAAACUAAGGAACUCCUGGGAUAAGAAAGAAGCUCCUGAUGAGACUAGCUAUGGGAAGCCUGAGAAGCUGCUGUGUGUGUCUUAGACUGUUGUUUAGGGUCAGAGCUUUGGAGCAUUGCAGAUAAUUGUGCUCUUCUCUUCUGUGUUUUGUGUAUUACUUUUAGGAGGUAUCUUUUUUGGGUGUCUUAUUCAAGCCAAAAGAUUGUCUUCUGUCUCCCAUCACAGCAUCCACUUGUAUGGGACUGGGCCAUUACAACUCUUCGCUGAUCUUGAUGUUUCAUGUUGGGCCUAUCAGCAGGGGCAGCCUCCACUAAGUAAAUACUUACAGUAGUGAAAUAUACCCUGUUGGGCUUAGUUUUCGUUAUUUGAUGUUCCUGAGGGAGCAGGAUUAUUAGUAAAUUAUGACUAUCUCUGUUUUCUGCUAAAUAUUACCUCAAGGAAUAUUUAGUGUGGGCUUUUUUUCUUCCUUUUGAAUGAGAAAGUGGGUACAUUUCAUACCACUAAUCACUUCUGAGGUUGAACUCUAUGUUCAAUGUUGGGAAAUUUUAACUGUAAUUCAUGUUCUGAAGCCAGGCCUCAAUAUUAAAUGCCUCUGUAUUUUGCCUGUUUUGGUUUUCAUUGAUGAAUUAAGUCUAAAUAAAAUGAAAUAAUUGAAAACAACCAACAA